CAUACCCUUCUUUAAAAGUUUCAAAACCAAUAUCCAGACACCAUAAUGAAAACUUCAACUCGUAUAUUUUCUUUCUUUCUGAUGAUCAGUUCCUUGGUGGUGGUGGUUUUGGCCGGAAGAUUCGAUCAAGAAUUCGAUAUUACCUGGGGCUAUGACCGGGUGAAGAUACUGGAGAACGGGCAACUUCUUACUCUUUCCCUCGAUAAAAUUUCUGGCUCUGGAUUUAAGUCAAAAAAACAGUACAUGUUUGGAAAGAUCGACAUGAAGAUCAAACUUGUCCCCGGCAAUUCUGCAGGCACUGCUACUACAUACUAUUUAUCUUCAUUGGGACCAACUCAUGACGAGAUUGACUUUGAGUUUCUUGGCAAUGUAAGUGGAGAGCCAUAUAUUCUUCAUACAAAUGUGUACACACAUGGCAAGGGAGAUAAGGAGCAACAGUUUUAUCUUUGGUUUGACCCCACUAAGGAUUUCCACACCUACUCUAUUCUUUGGAAUCCUCGAAGCAUCAUAUUUUCAGUAGACGGGACACCAAUUAGGCAAUUCAAGAAUCUUGAAGCUAUUAAUGGAAUACCUUAUCCAAAGAACCAACCAAUGUGGUUAUACUCUAGCCUAUGGAAUGCUGAGGGUUGGGCAACAAGGGGAGGACUUGUGAAGACUGAUUGGAGCAAAGCUCCUUUCAUUGCUUCUUACAGAAACUUCAAUGCCCAAACAUGUGUUUCUUCUUCUUCUUGCUCCAAUAAUUCCACAACCAAUUCUUGGAUAAAUGAAUCUUUGGAUAACUCUGGCCAAGCAAGGAUUAAAUGGGUGCAAAAGAACUACAUGGUUUACAACUAUUGCACUGAUACUAAACGUUUUCCUCAAGGAUUUCCCCUUGAAUGCUCUCUAAAUUAAUGCCAAAAAAUUUAGUUAUCGUGCUAUAAUUCUUUUUUCGUCAUUGUGUGACACGGUGGUUAAUUACGGAUUUCAGCUAUUGAAACGGUCUCUUAUAGAAACAUUAAAUAAGGUAGAAUGCAAUAGACAAUGUGGUCUAGCCAUUCUUAGGCGACCUUGUGAAUGCAUAAGCUUGGUGCAUUGGACUGUCCUUUGAGGUGUAGAUGCAGUGUGAUGUAUGAAAUUCAGAGUCAGUCGUACCUGUUUGUACACCAAAACAACAAUAU